AUGAAUAAUAAUACUAAUUCAGCAGAGGACCUCUGGGGGUCUUUGCAAGAUAGGUUAGGAACAAGCGGGGAAGGUAGAAGUGCGAUAUUACAGGAUCCAUCCGACAUGUUUGCUAAUAAUAUGAAAUACGAUGAUUUAAUGGAUAAUGGAGGAAAUAUGGAAAACUUACUGGAAUUCAACUUUGAUGAAUUUGAUGGUAUGUUGAAUGAAGAUAUGAAGGAUUUGAGUAUUCCGGAAAUGCCCCAAUCUUUCAAGAGAAAUGCCAAUAAUGUGGCGGCGCCUGAUAUUUCCUAUUCAACCAAUGUUUGGAAUGAAUCUAAUCCAACAAUUGAUGAAGAUCCCGUUAUAUUCAAUAAUAUAGAGGACAAAAGCCUUUAUGACCUUGGAGAAAAGUCUUCAAGAUCACAGGAGAAGGAAUCAUCUGCGAUUGGUCAAGUUCCACCUUCCAUUAGCCAGACAUUACUCAGGCAACAGAAGGAAUUGAAAGAGGCAUUGCAAAAGCAAGAAGAAUUAAACAAAAAGUUAGAGAAACAAUUGAAGGAAACUCAAGCUAAGCAAGAAAAACUUGAGCAUCAAUUGGAAACAAAAGAUAUUCAUGAAAGUUCCACUGAACGACUAACUAGUAAUUCAUUAAGCACUUUUGGGAAUGUGGAUAUGAUGAUGGAUGGAUUCUAUGAGGAUAUCCCUUCUUCAAAAGAUUAUGGUUUCUCACCAGCAUCCAUGGUUUCUCCCCCAAUGUCUACUGUGUCGAUGAAUGGGUCACCAAAGAGAAGGCAAGGUAAGUCAAGAAUUGAUUUAGAAAUGACAGGUAAAAAUAGCACAAAGGGCUAUCGGAAUAUGAAACAGCAAUUGGUCUCACCGGCGCUUUCUAUGGCAGAUAGCAGUGUUAGCAGACGAAAUUCAAUUACAUCUCCCUACCUUCCAGCGGCUUCCGAACUAAAUAGUGGUGAUGCAAUCGGAUUGGGUAUUCAAUUAAUGUAUCAACCGAAUGAAUCAAAUAGUUAUGACAGGUCAUCGCCAGUAAAUAUUCUACCAACGAUACCAGGCUCUGUAGAAAAUACACCUAUGAGGAAAUCGCAAUAUUUAUCUAAAAAUCUUUAUGAUGAAACCCCCGUUAAGAUGGAUUUGCCCGUACAAGAUACAACAGAUAAGCUUUUUACUGAUUCUAUGAUGACACCGCAAUUAAAACCACCUGAAUUGGGAUCUAGAAGAGGAAGUUGUUUUGGUGAUUUAAAUGAAGAUAUCAAUGAAGAUUCUUUCGGGGAUAUCUUUAAUUUGGGAACGACACCAUCUCCAGUUUUAAAAUCUCAAAAGAAAAGUAGAAGUAUUUCUCCACAACGUGAGCAUACAUUUGAUGAAUCUUAUCUAAGCACUUCCAGUAGUCCGGUGAAGAUAACGAGAAAAUUGACAACCCUACCGCCUGGAUCAAUUGAUCGAUAUGUUAAAGAAUUACCAGAUAAGACAUUUGAAUGUUUAUACCCCAAUUGUGGAAAGCAUUUCAAAAGAAGAUACAAUACACGCUCUCACAUACAAACUCAUUUGGAGGAUAGACCAUAUGCCUGUGAUUUCCCUAAUUGUGAUAAGGCUUUCGUUAGAAAUCAUGAUCUAGUGAGACAUAAGAAGGUGCAUUCAGAGAAAUCAUACGCUUGUCCAUGUGGUAAGAAAUUUAAUAGGGAAGAUGCUCUCAUUGUGCAUAGAAGUAGAAUGAUUUGUGCCGGUGGUAAGAAAUUUGAUAAUGUGGUGAUAAAGAGAUCUCCAAGAAAGAGAGGGAGACCAAGAAAGGAUGGCUCCAGUAGUGUCAACAACAGUCCGGUGAAAGAGAGCAUCCAUAGAAAUACCAAUGGACAAAUCGUAUUCAAAAUGGAAAAUCAGCUAAGAGUUGGGAUAGAAAAGGAAGUCCGCCAAUAA